UGUGUUUGGGAGCAGGAUGUUCUGGUUCUGGCCCCUGUCCUGGCUGUGGGAGAAGCUCUCCAUGAGUCUGCAGGUGCGGCACCGCCUCGCACACCUGCGGGAGGUCUUCAGCACCGAGAGGGCCGACACUCACGUCUCCUUCAUGAGAAAAGCCAACGUGCUGUGCUCCCUGCUGAUCGACACUGCGCUGGGCCUGUUCAUCGUGUCCCUGCUGUACCGGGAGGACCGCAUUUCACUCAUCGCCGAUGCCCUUCUGCCCCUUGCGGAGAAUGUUGCGUCGGAGCUACGCAGCCUACUGCAGUGGCUCAUGGGAGUUCCUGCUGGCCUCAAGUUGAACAACGCACUCGACCAAACGCUCGGAAGAUUCUUCCUCUACCACAUCCACCUCUGGCUCAGCUACCUGUCAGUGCUGGCGCCGCUGGUGCGGCCUGUGCUGUGGCACGCUGGGCUCUCUGCCUGCCUGGGCGCCUCCAUCCUGCUCUCCGUGGCGUCUGACAUUCUCUCGCUGCUCACCUUCCACAUCUACUGCUUCUACGUCUACGCCGCCAGGCUUUACAAGCUCAUGGUGUACGGCCUCACCUCCCUCUGGAGGCUGUUCCGAGGCAAGAAGUGGAACGUGUUGCGACGCCGCGUCGACUCGUGCUCCUAUGACGUCGAUCAGCUCUUCCUGGGUACCCUGCUCUUCACAAUCCUCCUGUUCCUGCUGCCCACGGUGGCGCUUUAUUACCUCGUCUUCUCGCUGCUGCGUCUGGCGGUGGUGUUAGCCCAGGGCGCCCUGCACCAGCUGGUGGAGCUCAUCAAUUCGGUCCCCACCUUCGCGCUGGGACUCCGAAUCUGCCGGGGCUACCGCUUGGCAGACGGUAUCACGAUGGAGGUUCUGGAACAGAACUCGAGCAGGAUUCUGCAUCUGGACAUGCAGAUCCAGCCAGUGUCACUGAUGAGUGUCCUGCGGCGGUACCGCCUGCCGACGUACAGCAGCUCGGCGCAGCACUCGUGGCUGUCACUGCUUGGCAAGCUGUGCGCCGGCGACCUAAUCUACCCGUGGCGGCACAAGGACGAGAAAGUGGAGUAGACGCCCCAGAGGUCACGUGCACUCGAGCGUGCACGGAGGGGCACCCGCCCGUCUCUCGGAGGCAGUUUGCUCUGUGGUGGUGUCGGUGGCGUCGGUGGCAGAUGUGUGGGGCCCAUGAUGACGCAGAAUGGAUCUCUGUGGUCCUAGUUCUCAUACAGUACAGCAAGCAGUCCACAUUUUUUUAAUUCCUAAAACAACAAGUGGGCAUAGUGUGUACAUAUACAGCCCCUUUUGUCUGUCCACUAGAUGAUUGCCUCCCUACGCCACGCAAGCAAUGGAGGUAAUUUGACCAUACUUCACCUCGCUCGUCAGUUCCAGUGUGCGAAGGCAGGGAGCUUAGAAAUGCAGUUCAACAAUGUAUUUUGACGCACUGCCCUCUGCUGCCCAGUGCCUGAACACACCCGUGUGUUGGCUUGGCGAUUGCCAAUCCAUCCUCGCUGAGCUUCUUUGAGCUGAUGAGAUGGCAUGCGUUCCAGGUGAUUUGGUUAUAUGCCAACACAGUAUGCUUACUACAUUGUUACGUGGAGAUUGUCAGGAAAUGGAUCAAUUUGGACUGGUGGAAUGAGAACGAGUGUCUGAGAGCCCCAUAAUAAUUUAUAAAAAGCCUCCACCGGCAGCGUCGACGUUUUUCUUUUGUAACGUGUGUCGUCUUAAGUCUCCCCUGUGCAUUUAUUGAGUUUGGAUGAGGCCACCUGCCUCGCUGUCCGUGUGCCUGUGCUCCCCUCUUACUCUCCGCGUUCUCCCCGUACCCCCCACGUGCUCCGGUCUCGUGGUUUGUCGUUGCCAUGAAGGAUACUUCCUUGUGAGCCCAUUGACUCCCUAGACGCCCUGCUGGUACAAAAACAAAACUAAAAUAUCCACAAUUCCCUAAUACUCAGGUCUUAGUUGCAAGAGAGAUCUCUCUCAGUGGGCUCACACGUGGAUAGGAAGAACACACGGGCGGCGGUCACCGUUAUUCCACCCGUGCGCUCCCCCCCCUCCUGUUUAUUCAUUCCUCGAUGAUGUGUGCCCUACUUUUGCCGCCCCCCCCCCCCACCACCGCCGCCAGAACCUUGUUUAAAUGGUCGUUCCCCGUGUCACUCUUGUGAUUUAUGAAACCCAACGUGUCUUCGCCGUAAAAUUAGAUAAUGCCCUUAUGGGCAUCUUUUUUUUUACGCGGGGGUUGGGGGGGGUAGCCGGUGGGCCCUUGGGACACGACCCAGUAAACCCGGCACCCCCCACCCUCCCCACCAUCCCCACCCCUAUCGGUAGUUGCUUUGCGGAACCGCGUUUCGCUUUAGAAAACGAGAAGCGAGAUGGCGCACACACACACACCACCCCCACCCGAUCAAAAUUAUUCUACAUGCCUCGUGCAUAUGAAUACAUACUGUACACCGUUGUAAAGUAUGGGCUAUCCUGUAUAUGUGCUGAUUUUUCGUCUGCUUUUUGGGACCAUUUUGUAAAAGUGACGUUUUGAGGUCAUGGGAGAGAUGAUGAUGGCACGUUUAUGACCAUAACUGUUGUUGUGCUCGUCUUAAUAAACAGAUCGAUGUAACUGUUAAUAAAAAAAAUGUGUUUUUAAGGCCAGUUUUGUUUUGUUGUGGAGUACAUAUUUGUAAAAAAAACUUUUAAAAAAUCUGCGCUCUAAAUGAACAAUCUUAGGUGAUUUAAAUGUUCUCAAGUUUGUAUGACUUGGCAUGAAAAUUUUAAGCAGUAUUUUAUUAAAUUGAUUUUUUUGUCGACAGCAUCGUCCUAAUGUUGUAUUUUACAAAAAAAAUAAACGAGUGGCAACGUC